GUGCGAAAACAGAGUAGGGGGUUGUCUUCUUUCCUCUCUUCCUUCCUUGGUUCCGUGUAAGUAGCAAAAGCAAAAGGAAAAGGAAAGGGACGAUGCGAUCCAUCAAAGUGCAGCACUUAUAGAUCGAGAUUGGAAGCAUAGAUACAUUGGCAGAGUGUAGAUUCGAGUGUUAAUCGCGAGAGAGAGAUCCAAUGUGUUCGUAAGGCAUUUUGAUAUCGAAUCUGAAGCGGGAGAUAAUGAAAGGAGGAGGAGGCGGAGGGAAACGAAGGUGGAGAGUUCUGGUAAUAGGAGUAUUGGUGCUUAUCAUCUUAUCAACGCUUGUUCCUCUUGCCUUCUUGCUAGGCCUUCACAACGGCUUUCACUCUCCUGGAUUCGUCACUGUGCAACCGUCUUCUCCCUUUGAUAGAAUCAAUGCUACCAAACAUUCUCAGAGAGAUCUAUCCGUCCGAGUCGAUGAGGUUCUUCAUAGAAUCAAUCCUGUGCUUCCCAAGAAAAGCGACGUAAAAGUGGGUUCCAGAGUUAUGAAUGGGACAAGCAAAACUGAUUCUAAAAAAAGAGGAUUACCAGUGUCCCCAGCUGUUGUUGUCAAGCCAAGCCCUGCAAAUAAAACAAAAACCAAAGCUGUAACCUCGUACAAAGGUGUUCAGGGGAAAACAUCAAAUGCCUCGUACAAAGGCAUAGUAAAUGCUGAUGAAACUCAGAGAACUUGUCAACUGAAAUAUGGAAGCUACUGCCUCUGGAGGGAGGAAAAUAAGGAACCCUUGAAAGAUGCUAAGGUGAAGCACAUGAAGGACCUCCUAUUUGUGGCUAGGGCAUACUAUCCAAGUAUUGCUAAAAUGCCUUCUCAAAGCAAGUUGACUCGGGAUAUGAAACAGAAUAUCCAAGAGUUUGAGCGUAUUCUCAGCGAAGGUUCCGCAGAUGCUGACCUCCCACCCCAGGUUGAUAAAAAGUUUCAGAAGAUGGAAGCUGUAAUUGCAAAGGCAAAGUCUUUUCCAGUCGACUGUAACAAUGUUGACAAGAAAUUGAGACAGAUACUGGAUUUGACUGAGGAUGAAGCUAGUUUCCACAUGAAACAGAGUGUGUUCCUCUACCAGCUUGCAGUACAGACAAUGCCUAAGAGUCUUCACUGCUUGUCAAUGAGACUAACUGUGGAGUAUUUCAAGUCAGCUCCAGUUGAAGUUGAUGAUAGUGACAAAUUUUCAGAUCCCUCAUUGCUUCACUUUGUUAUCAUCUCCGACAAUAUACUUGCAUCUUCCGUUGUGAUCAACUCAACGGCUUUACACGCAAGGGAAAGUAAAAACUUUGUUUUCCAUGUAGUGACAGACGAGCAGAAUUACUUUGCAAUGAAACAAUGGUUUAUAAGGAAUCCCUGCAAGCAAGCAGCUAUUCAAGUAUUGAACAUCGAAAAACUCGAGCUGGGCAAUUCUGAUAUGAUGAAGAAGCUGUCUUUGCCUGCGGAGUUCCGUGUCUCCUUCACCAGUGGUGACAACUUGGGGUCACAAGGGAAUAGAACAUACUACUUAUCCCUUUUCUCUCAAUCUCACUAUCUUAUUCCAAAGAUAUUCCACAAGUUGAAAAAGGUUGUGGUUCUGGAUCAUGACGUUGUAGUCCAGCGAGACUUAUCUCCGCUUUGGGAGGUUGAUAUGGAAGGAAAAGUGAACGGCGCAGUGAAGUCGUGCUCUGUGAGAUUGGGGCAGCUAAAGAGUCUCAAGAGAGGAAGUUUUGAUACUAAUGCUUGUCUCUGGAUGUCUGGAUUGAAUGUCAUUGAUCUUGAAAGAUGGAGGGAAUUGGGAGUUUCAGAAACCUACCUGAAAUUUUUCAAACAGCAGAUGAGUGGUGGUGGAGGUGCGUCGCGAGAAGCAAUUGCAUUGCAAGCAACUUUGCUUACGUUCCAAGACAAAGUUUAUGGUCUUGACGACAAAUGGGCUGUAUCAGGGCUUGGUUAUGACUACUACCUCAACACCCAAAGGAUAAAAAACGCAGCCACAUUGCACUACAAUGGGAACAUGAAGCCGUGGCUAGAGCUGGGAAUCCCACAGUACAAAAAUUAUUGGAGAAAGCAUCUGAACCGGGAAGAUCGGUUCUUGAGUGACUGUAACGUGAAUCCCUGAUGAGAAAGUAAAAGAAACUACACUGGGCCAAUGCUUCAAAAGCAUGUUACACGCAAAAGAAAAAAGAUUUAGAGAGGUGGUUAAGCGACAUCUCAUUUUUUUGGAGAAGGGGUGAAUAAACCCGAAUGCAUUGCAGGGGAAAGAGCAUGCACGCCGAAGUUGGGUUAAAAAGUGAUUUAGCUAAUUGAUUUUUUAAGAGACAUGAUAUGAAGAUGAUUGAAAAUCAGCUUUAAUAUUGAUAUAAGUAGAAUGUGACGAGACUUUAAUGUUGUAUAUGAUUUUUUUGGCUAAGAUGUGUGCAAUUCCUUUCAUCA